AUGAGCAUGAACUACGUAUCUGCGGCGCCCACGCAGAGGUCCACGUCGUUUUUCAUUGAGGACAUCUUAUUGCACAAACCCAAGCCGCUGAGAGAGGUCUUCCCCUCGCCGUUCUGCGGCUCCCUGGCCUCCCGGAUGCCCCUCCUGGAGUACGGAUACCCGCUGAUGCCAACCCCGAUCCUGGCGCCGCAUCCGCACCAUCCUCUCCACAAGCCAGAGCACCACCAGUACUUCUUCACUUCUGGCAUGCAGAUGCCGGCCCUGUUCCAGCACCACGCAGAGUUACCGGGGAAGCACUGCAGGCGCCGGAAGGCCCGGACGGUGUUCUCCGACUCGCAGCUGUCUGGCCUGGAGAAGAGAUUCGAAAUCCAGCGGUACCUCUCCACGCCGGAGAGAGUGGAGCUGGCCACGGCGCUCAGCCUGUCCGAGACGCAGGUUAAAACGUGGUUCCAGAACCGGCGGAUGAAGCACAAGAAGCAGCUGAGGAAAGCGCAGGACGAGCGGAAGCCGCCCGGGGAGCUGGACCGGUCCGCGGAGAACUCCAGCGAGAGCGAGCUGAACGAGAAGAGCGCCGAGGAGGCGCAGCGCGGACUGGAGCCGGACUCCUACCUGCUGGAGGAAAACGACGACGAUGUGGACAUCGAGGAGGACAUUUGCUCCCCGGAUCAUCUACUAUAG